AUGGCCGUCCUCACGCCUCUUCCCGCUAUAUUCUCUCAGCGAAUGUCGCGACUCCACCGAUAUGUCAUGGAGGCUACCGACCUCAGGCUGGGUCGUCUGUCCGAGUAUCUACAUACGCUCCCUACAAUAAAGUAUUUCGCAUGGGAGCCCAUGGUCGUUGAUAAUAUCAACACAAUUCGUCAAACCGAACAGCAAAGGAUUUGGAAACGCAAUGUGGCCUCCAUGCUCGUCUCCAUGACUGGAGACUUGAUGUCCCUCGUGAGCCUACUUGCCAUGUUCGUCUCUCUUGUGUUGUUCACAAAUACUCCUUUGCGUGCACUCAUGGCAUUCACAUCUGUAGCCAUCACCGAAACAUUGCGAUCGCAGUUCGUCUGGUUGUGCAAAGUAAUCCAAUGGGUUUCUCAGGCUCGCGGCUCGCUCAUUCGGGUUGAUAGCUUCCUUGAGGCGACCGCGGAACGACAGCGCCAUCCGCACGGUCCGCCAGAGUUGCGGGAUGCCACUAUGCGAUGGUCUGAACACUCCUCCUUUAUGCUGCGUGAUGUUUCAGUCUCUUUCCGCCUGGCGGCCCUCAAUGUGGUCAGCGGAGGGACAGGAAGCGGCAAGUCGCUCCUUCUACUAUCUUUGCUAGGCGAAACGAAUCUUGCCAAUGGACUUAUCACAUGCCCGGAUGAUGUCGCCUAUGAUCCUCAGACGACAUGGCUUCAGAGUACUUCGGUCCGACAAAACAUCAUCUUCUAUAGCGACCAUGAGCAAGAACGUUACAAUUCCGUGUUGCAUGCCUGUGACCUCUCGGAUGACCUGGGCCGUUUGCCUCUAGGCGACUUGACAUAG